UGGGGGUUAUCCUUGUCUAUCCCUCAGAGGCCCUGCUGGCGGACGCCACGAAUCCCACUGUUCUAUAUUCGGAGCAAGCCGACAUUUGCUCUCGCCUGUACAGAAUCUUUGCCACGUUUUGGCAGAAGCUCCACCAGAGUCAGCAGGUCACUGCUUAG